GGCCAUUUGUUUUAUGUGACUUGUUUGUCAGUCGUUUUCUAGUACUGAUUGAUCGGUUUUGGGGGGUGUAGUAAAACUUAUACUGCUAUCUAAUGGUGUCACAUGACUGGGUCCAGGAUCUGCAUCAUCGUUCUGUUCUAGUUGAACGUUGUUAUUUUGUCGUGCCUCUCUCGUUUGUUUCUGACCAUCUAUCCUAACUGCUUUUGCUGAUGCGCAUUUUUUAUCAUGAGAACUAGAGUCGGAAGUACUUGCUGGAGGUCCUUCUGCGGGUCUGUGGGUUUAUCAUUUGGUUUACGCUAACCUGUGUAUUUCUUUUUAUUAGUGCUAGAAGUAGAAGUAGUGGCUAGAGGUUCAGUUGAGGGACCGGAGUGCUGAUGAUCGUAUUUGAAGCUGGUGUCUUUUUCCCGAAGUUUACGUCUUUGCAUAGGUGUCAAAUCUGGACCUAUAAACGAGUUUAGGUUCCGCAGAUUUCUGUUUACUUCGGGAUUUUGUAGGACAAUCUCAGCUUUGAUAUGUGAGUAGAAGGUUACUGACACGGGUUUAUUUUUGCUUCUAGAGUGAAGUCUUUUCGUGUUAGCUACUCUGAUGUUUAGGCCACACGAAUGUGUAAAAUUUUGAUUUGAUGGUGUUUGAUAUUUGAUAAUAUUUGAUAAUUUUAUUUAACACCAGUUUACAGGCAUUGUCAAGGAAAGAGUUAAACACAAAUCCGACCAGCAGUGAAAAAAAACUCCUGAGGUAAAUUAAUAAAAAUAUAGUUGAUGGUGGUUUUUAUGGUUUUGAGGGUUCAGGAGAAAAAACUGCUGACGGUUUACAUUUGACCGUCAAGAAGGGUGGGGGGAGGGGGUUGCACGGUAUCGGAGAUUAACGGACGUCAAUUCCUUUCAUGAAGUUGGGGAUAGUCAAAGUAGAGACGUUGAGGAACAGCUGUCGCUGUUAGCCAACGAAAUUGUCCAUUGUGAGACAGGCCAUAGUGUUCAGAGACCAAAAACGCCAUCGCUACGGUAGAGUCGAGCAGUGGAUUCAGAACCCAAAAUUUGAGGAAGCUUUACUGAAUGAAAAAAACGAGUAAUAGUUCUCUUAAAUAAAGGAUGAUUUUGCAGAUUUUUCACACUCAUUGGUAGUUUAUUUCAAAUAGCAAUUGCAUUUACAGAAAAGGACCGACGGUAUUUAACAGUACGUGCCAGUGGAAGAAACAAAAAGAUCUCACGGCGACUGUUACGUCGUGGGUGGACAUGAUGUCUUAAAGAAGUGAGUGAGUUAAAUGUGUGAUUAUAUAGGAGUUUAAAUAGCAAAAAUAGUCCCCUUUGUAAUUAACAGACCCAUAAAGUAUCAAGGCCCGUAAGCCGGCAACGCUCUUAGUAAGACAAGUGUUGGUGUUCCGGGGUUAAAACUCUCUUGGUAAAAAAGUGUUGAACGGAUCCUUUUUUCUUCCGCUCAUUAGCACGCCUGAUGCUAAAUAAAAACGAACAGUAUUCCAGACCAGGUCUAACGUACAUAUUGUAAAGACGCAUUCUAAUGUUCCCAGUUUUGAAGUUUCGGAGGAUAAACCCGGUCGUUCUACGUGCUUUGGAGACUAUCAAGGCACAGUGCACCGAGAGAUUGAGACUUGAAGUAUGAUACGCCCAGAUCCUUAAUAACCCCAGGCACAUUUAGGGCGUGACCUUCAAUGCUUCGUUGAGGUUGGCGGUCGUCGCCAACCACCAUGACUGAGCACUUAUGCCAGGAAAGAGAAAGGCGCCAUGUGCGGCACCACUGGGCGAAAGCCUGUAGAUCGCUCUUUAGGAGCUCGAGCACGAUGUCAUGAUCUGCCGGCUUAUAUCGAUAUGCAACUUUAAGAUUAUCGGCAUACAUGGAAGGCUUUCCAUUCUGGAAUAAACCGGGUACAUCAUUAACGAAAAGGCAAAAUAAAAGCGGGCCGUGUACACUACCCUGAAUGACUCCACUCCUCACACGCGUGGGUUUGGAGAUAGUAUUGGAAAUCUUAACUCGUUGUGUAAGAGUGUUCAGGUAAGAGAAUAUAAAAUUCAGAUGUUUGCCACCUAUUCCGAAAGGGGACAGUUUCAAGAGAAGAAGAGCAUGGUCAGCACGAUCAAAAGCCCUAGUGAAAUCGAAAUAUACAGUGUAAAGUGCAAAACCAUUGUCCCUAGUUUGGAGAACAUAGUCAAAGAAUGAGAGUUGACAGGUGUCACAAGAUCGAGCUUUGAGGAAUCCAUGCUGAGCCGCACUCAGUAGGUUAUUUUCUGUAAGCACCUGAACACACAACCAUAGUGUUUUUCAGAAUAUCGUCCACGUUUGGCCAUCACCGGACCAAAAUAAGCCACCCCAACGCACUUAGAAGGAUACUAACUAACUUCUGUUCUGUUUAAAGGAAGCGGAGACAUCAUCUGCUACUGACGUUAUCGACAUUUGCGUCUGCAAAGUAGACAUCUACCGAUGACACGUUUGAUAGAAGUGGUUCAUUCCUUACUCCAAGAUUUUUUACGGAUUGCAUCUAGAACUUAGGCUGUCCCACAAUAGCCCUCCAGUUCAUGAAAAUAGUGUAUGAUUAAUUUCGUCACGGGAUGAUUCUCUGGAGGGAUUGAUAGGUGUUUUAACGACUCGCAAAAAAUUCGAGUAGUUCUGGCGACCCCCAAGACAAAUUACUACUUCAGUCAAAACUAAACAUAACUUUCUCAUGCUAACAUUUCUCACAGAUUUGUUUCUGGUAAUCUGCUGGUGUAGACUGCAGAGUACCCAAUUCUUCUGAAAAGUGCUUCCUUUGUAUAAGCUCUAUGAAGCUAAUGCCAGUUUGACGCAUUUCGGAUAUUCGGCUAGGACCCAUCAUCAACGUCUGCUGGGGCGCCUUGGUAGAAGUGAAUUUGAUGUAGUGUUUGAAACACAGGAGCCAGGCCACAGCCCUUUGUAGCCUUGUCCAACUUGAAAAACGCUGAACUAAUUUGUCUAAAACAUCUUAGUGACUUAAUAAAUUAACUUGGACUGUUGUCCUCUAGAAUUCCAAGUCUUAAUGUUGUCCGGCUGUAGGUUGUGCAAGCCAUUUGCUCUCAGGUUGAACUAAAAAUUGCGAACCGCCCAACCAUCUACGUACAAGAGCAAAUUGCCCGUACCUCGAGAGGCAAUGUUUGCUGGGUUGACGUCCGAACUCGCGUAUCUCCACUGAGAGUUUGCAGACAGAUAAUGUAUAAUUGUAAGUCGAUUGGCCAAAAAUGUGCAGAACGUGGUUGAUUCAUUGUGUAUAUAAUAAAGGGUUAUCAUGGAAUCGGUCCAGAGAGUUAUUGUUUAGAAGUACCUAUCAGUGCUUGACCGAAUGAGCUCAGCAACGCGCGCAGCCAGAAUAGCAGCUGCCAACUCUAAACGCGGUAUAGAGACGGCUUUGAUGGGUGCAACACGUGCUUUCGAAUAAAAGAGUGAAAAAUGUAGAUUUCCUGUGUCGUGAGUGAAGUGAGCAUAUGCUGAUGCGCUGUAUGCUACUUCCUAGGCAUCGCAAAACACGUGCAAUUCGACUCGCUUUGGAUAACUGAUAUCUUUGGACUUAGGACAUGGGGCUAGCUGAAACGUUUUCAGGCUCCGUAAAUUCGAGAUCCAGUUUUCCCAGCGAGAGCCCUCGAUGCCAAAUUGCUGUUGAUCCCAAUUCAGUCUGUUUUUUUAGAUGGACUGCAAUGAACACUUCCCCGAUGUUGGUCAAGGCGGAACGAAGCCCAGAGAUUCAGGAAGUGAGAAAAAACAGGACAAAAUGCCCACCCUAUGAGUAAAUGGUUUUGUGGACAUAUUGAAACUUAUCACCGGAAUAUCAAAAUGCGUGUCCCACUGCAGCCCCAAAGUUCAUCCAAUAGAUAGAGGGUUGACGGUUAUAUCUUCCAUACCAGACGAACGUUCACUCGCAUUAACGACUGAGAGUACAUGUCGGUCGAAAGACACCCAGUUCCGCAUACGAAAGCCCCCUUGAGAAAGGAGUUUACAAAACUCCUACAAAAACGUUUGACGAAGUCAGCGUCACAUGAAGAGAUCAGACAGUCAUCAGCGUACAUGCUUUGUUGAGUCGCUUUGCAAGUUGAGGAGAAGUAGAAUGAACUGAAAUCUUCAACAGUUUUUCGUAUUGAAAAGGUGCACAAAACGACGAAGAAGUCAAUCCGAAUGGGUGAGAUUUCAGUCAGUCAGUCAGUGUAUUUGAGGGAAAUAGGCUUAGGCCUUUGAACUUCCUAUUUGUACAUAAAAACCGAUAAAUAAGCAAAAAUGUGAAGAAAGUACAGCAUCAAAUGAAUGCAGACAUCGAUACAGAUAUGUCACUGGUCUCAUUGCUAGUAUGUCACAUAGCCCGCUUGUUGUUGCAGCAUAUGUCUGUCAAGCCGACAUUUAAACGUCGCCACAGAUUGAGACAUGACAACCGUUUCGGGCAGGUUAUUCCACGGUUCCACAACACGGUUGGAGAAAAAAUAUUUUCUCACAUUAAAUCUACCCUAGGGCACACGUAGCUUAAAGCGAUGUCAUCUGAGGUUAUUUGUUGUUGCGAUUUCGAAAAAGUCAUUGCACCGACGGGCGCAGUCCAAGCCACGCACGAUAAGGAAAGGUUGUAUCAACUCUCCGCGCAACUUCCUAUAACUCAGAGGAUAGAGAUUAAGGUUAGUUAAGCGGAUUUCGUAUGGCAGUGCACUUUGACCUCUUAUUAAUUUUGUUGCUCGCCUCUACACCCUUUUAAGCAGAUUGUAAUCCUGAUGCGUCCACGGUCUGCAGGCCUGAAUUUCAUAUUCGAGAUGCGGCCUUGCAAACGUGUCAAAGGCUUUGGACAAAUAGUCUUCAUCGAAAACUGCAUAUGCCCGCUUGAUGGCAUAUAGCAUUGAGGUUGCGGCAUUGGGCACCUUACAACAUUGUGUAGAAGACUUUAGGCUGUCUGCAACCCAGACUCCGAGAUCUUUCUGCGCUUCCGCAUCUCGAAGUGGUUUUCCGUUCAGAUGGUAUUGCCGCGCACUAGGGGUCUGAUUUUCAGGCGCACUAUGGUACAUUUCUUCAAAUUGAAGGACAAGAGCCAUCUGCGUGACCACUCGUCAUAUCGACAAAGAUUGUCUUGGAAGUUGGUCUCAUCGGCGGCAUUCUGGAUAACUUUCAAGAUUUUUAUAUCAUCCUCAAACAUGGCACUAUCACAUUACAACCAAUCUACACAAUCAUUGAUAAGAGAAAUAGGGUUGGUUCGAGCAUCGAGCCUUGUGCGACUCCACUCUCUAUGAAUGUGCGCCUCGAUUGCUAUCUUUCCACGCAGACAAUUUGGGAAGUUCUUGAUCCAUUUGAGAAGUUUGUCGCCGAUACCCAUUAUUCUCAACUUGUACAGGAGACGCUGGUGCGGAACACUGUCGAACGCCUUCCGGAAAUCAAUAUAGGCCACGUGCGGGGUGUAGGGAGUGUCAGCGGUGGGUUCACGUGAUGGUCGUAGUGGUCACUCACUUGCUUGCAGGUGAGACUACGCCUAGCGUCCAUUUGCUAGCACCCAACUCUCACCUGUGGCUCCACGUAGCUGGGCUCUGCUCAGCGGCCACACCUCGGGCAACCGUCUCGACUGGCGGGGUAAACCAGGUGAGGGGGCCCUGUGCGCUGUGCCGCGUGCACAUGGUUUGCGGAUUCCGCUGGAUGGAAGGUCGGAUGGUACCUUGCGUCGGCACCGUCGUGACGUGGUUCGUCUCUGCACGCCGCUGGACAGCUGGUGACGGGAUGGAUCUCCACAUCGACAUCGCCUUGACGCGCCCAUCUACGCCGUCGGAGACCGCGGCUUACGGCGAAUUCGAGUCGCUCUCCACUACAACCCGAAGUCGUGGUCCCAUAGUGGAGUUCGGCCGUGGCACAACGGCACAUGGCAGCCCUAUUCAGGGAUGGCACUGCCAGCCCCCACGAGGGGAAGGGCCUAGAAAAGGUGUCCUAAACCUUGUUGGGUACCACACUGUCUCCAGGCUAGCCAGGGCCGCAGACGACUAAUCCUGGUCGAAACAAUCAAAAUCAAAACAACAACAAUACCAAUAACAACAACAACCAUACUCAUUCUCCCCAUCCUACCUAUUCUACCUCUUCCUCUGCCUAUUCUUCACCUUCGUCAUCUUCUCCUCCAUCUCCCUCCCGUCGCCCCACUAGUUGUCACCAGACUGGCAGGGUGAGUCCGCUCACUCUGGCAGCCUGGAAUGUUCGUUCCCUCCAGACAAUCCGCGGAGCAACCGACUGGAACGGAGGACAGCGUUAGUGGCACGAGGUGGACAUCGCCGCACUCAGCGAGACCCGUUUCUCCGAAUAAGGCCAACUGGAAGAGUUGGAAGCCGGUUACACCUUCUACUGCAGUGGUCGACCCAGGGCAAAGCGACGAGACGCGGGUGUCGCCUUCGCUAUCCGGAACGACAUCGUAAGACGACUGCCCAGUCUGCCGCAGGGCAUCAACGAUCGCCUGAUCUAUCUAUCUAUCUAUCUCCGGGGUGGGGGCAAAUUCGCCACCAUCAUCAUCGCCUACGCUCCGACGAUGACCAACCCCGACGCCGUCAGAGACAAAUUCUACGAGGACCUGCACGCCCUCUUGGCGACUGUGUCGAAGGCGGACAAGUUGAUUGUCCUUGGCGACUUCAACUCCCGCGUCGGCACAGACCAUACUGCCUGGAGAGGAGUGCUGAGUCCCCACGGUCUCCGCGGCUCAAACGACAAUGGUCUGCUGCUGCUCCGCACCUGCGCAGGACACCGCCUUAUCCUGACGAGCACGUUCUUCUGUCUGCCGGAGCGAGAGAAGGCCACUUGGAGGCAUCCUUGGUCGCGUCAGUGGCACCUGUUGGACUUUGUCCUCGUCCGAAGGCGUGACCAGCGGGACGUGCUGGUGACGAAGGCGAUCGCGGGUGCUGACGGGUGGACCGACCAUCGUCUCGUCAUCUCGGAGAUGCGUAUUCGCCUACAGCCUCGCAGGAGACCACAAGGUAAGCGACCCCCAGUUAAUCUGAAUGUUGCCUUGUUGUCUUUGCCCGCUCACCAUCUCCAUUUCAGCAAUGAGCUAGCUCAACGGCUAGACAACCUCCCCAUCGCCGAUGCCGCCGCUGCCGAGAACGCCUCCGUGGAGAACCGCUGGUGUCAACGGCGAGACACGGUCAAGUCGACGGCGCUCGCCGUCCUUGGUCGCGCUCCCCGCCAAUACCAGGACUGGUUCGACGACAACGAUGCCGCCAUCAGAAAUCAGCUUGCUGAGAAGAACCGCCUACACAAAGCCUACGUAGAUCACCCCACUGACGACAACAAAGUUGCUUUCUACCGCAGUCACCGCCACCUCCAGCAGCGACUGCGCGAGAUGCAGGACGCCUGGACUGCUCGUAAAGCUGAGGAGAUCCAAGGCUACGCGGACGCGAUCCCUGCUGAGGUCUACAAGCACGGAGGUACCCAACUCAUGGAUCACCUGACUGCGCUCUUCCAGGAGAUGUGGCGUCAAGGCGAAUUCCCGCAAGACUUCAAAGACGCAACAAUCCUGCAACUAUACAAGCGAAAAGGGAAUCGCCAAAUCUUCGACAAUCACCGCGACAUCUCCCUGCUGAACAUCGCCGGGAAGAUCUUCGCUCGUAUCCUUCUCAACCGCCUCAAUAACCAUCUCGAACAAGGUCUACUGCCGGAAAGCCAAUGCGGUUUCCGUCGUCAUCGUGGGACCACGGAUAUGAUCUUCGCCGCCCGCCAACUUCAGGAGAAGUGUCAGGAGAUGCGGACCCACCUGCACUCUACCUUCGUGGAUCUGACGGAAGCCUUCGGCACGGUGAAUCGUGAAGGAUUGUGGAAGAUCAUGCAGAAAUUCGGCUGUCCGGAGCGAUUCACUCAGAUGGUGCGUCAGCUGCACGACGGUAUGAUGGCGCGAGUCACGGACAACGGAGCUGUCUCAGAGGCAUUCGCAGUGACUAACGGAAUGAAGCAGGGAUGCGUGCUGGCACCAAACCUCUUCAGUCUGAUGUUCUCUGCCAUGCUGAUGGACGCCUACCGCGACGAACGCCCCGGGAUCCGCAUCGCCUACAGGACGGACGGUCACCUCCUGAAUCAACGGCGGAUGCACUUCCAAUCGCGCGUAUCCACAACCACCGUUCACGAACUUCUCUUCGCCGACGACUGCGCCCUGAACACCACCUCAGAAGAGGAGAUGCAACGGAGCAUGAACCUGUUUUCCGCCGCCUGCGAGAACUUCGGUCUGGUCAUCAACACGCAGAAGACGGUGGUGAUGCACCAACCGCCACCCAACUCAGCCACAGCCCCCAACGCGCCGCCGAAAAUCAGCGUGAAUGGGACCCAACUUCAAGUGGUGGAGAACUUCCCGUACCUGGGCAGUACUCUCUCCCGCAACACCAAGAUUGAUGACGAAGUCGCCAACAGGAUCUCGAAAGCCAGCCAAGCCUUCGAGCGUCUUCAAAGCACAGUCUGGAAUCGUCACGGUCUUCAACUGAACACGAAGCUGAAGAUGUACAAGGCCGUCAUCCUGCCUACGCUACUGUAUGGAGCAGAGACCUGGACGGUGUACACGAGGCAGGCAAGCCGCCUGAACCACUUCCACCUCAGCUGUCUUCGUCGCAUCCUGCGGCUGAACUGGCAAGAUCGCAUUCCCGACACUGAUGUGCUGGAACGAACGGGAAUGCUCAGCAUCUACUCCAUGUUGAGACAAAUGCAGCUGCGCUGGAGCGGCCACCUGGUGCGCAUGGACGACGAGCGACUACCCAAACGACUCUUCUACGGAGACGUCGCGACGGGUUCUCGUCGUCAAGGAGGCCAAAUUCGCCGUUACAAGGAUACUCUGAAGUCCUCCCUGAAGCGCCUGCAAAUCAACCCGACCAACUGGGAAGAGCUCGCCCGCGAUCGUCCGACAUGGAGGCGAACAGUGAAGACGGGCGCUGCUAUUUACGAAGCCAGUCGCAUCGCCGCCAAAGUGAAACGCGAAAUCCGCAAAUCACAACUUCGCCCAAUACGCAACGCCGCCGCACAACCGCUCCCUACGUGUUCUCGAUGUCAACGGACAUUCCGGGCACGAAUCGGACUUGUUGGACAUCUUCGAACCAACUGCACCUCUCGAACUGCUCCAGCCAUCAUCCCACAACCCGCCUGUUCCUUGCCCUCUCUUCUGCCAACUAACUCUGACACUCCUUCUGCACCACCACUUCCAUCCUCCUCCUUCUCCUCCACUGCCCCAGCGGAGGCCGUUCAGGCUGCCGUCCCCUCCUCCUCCCCCUCCUCCUCCUCCUCGUCCUCCUCACCACCACUGCCCCAACGGCGGCCGCUCGGAAGCCGUCUCGCACAUCACCAACCGCGACACGACAACCGGCACUACCCCCGCCUCUCCCGACUCCAGCAAUGA